CUCAGACUCCCAGCCCACAAGCUCUGCUCCGUCCUCUCCCAUCACCUCCGCUCCACGCACGGCCAAAUUCCUUCUCCCACACCUCUCCUCGAUCCACCUAUCGAUCUCCCCCACCACUAGCUGAUCUAUCAGAGGCGGAGCUCGAUCAGCUCGUCAGCCAUAGCCUGCCGCACGAGCUGCUGGUAGCUAGCUGCCGUGCCCCGCGCGCGCGCGCAUGCGGUGCAUGGCGCAGGAGGGCUCCGAGGCCUCCGUCGCCAGCUCGCCGCCGCCGCCCCCGCCGUCGGCCUCCUCGUCGUCGUCCACGUCCUCCGCCGCGGCCGCGGCCUCCUGGUGGCGCGACAAUAUGCACCCGGCGGCAUACGGCGCCUGGCCGCCCGCGCCCGCGGCGGCGCGCUGGCCCCUGAUGGCGCCGGCGCCCGCGCGCGCGCAGCAGCACCACGGCCGGACCACGACGUCCUCCGGCGGCGCCGACGACGACCUCUCGGCCUCCAACGCCACCAUGACGUCCUUCACCAACACCUCCACCACCAACCACUCCGGCCUCAGCAUGGACUCCUCCGUCCCCGGCGCCGAGGCCGCCGCCGCCGCCGUCGCUGCCGAGAGCCACCUCUGGAACCAAGUCCUCAUGGGCGCCGGCGGCGAGGUCGGGAGGAGCAUGCAGGCCGUGCACGACGCCCAUGACGACAGCGAGAACUUCCUCGAGCUGCUCAACUCGAGGACGCUCGCGCCGGAGCUCUUCGCCGAGCCGCCGGCUUGCGACUACCUCAAGAAGAUGGAGUACGGCAGCAGCCACGGCGGCGGCGGAUGGCCGGACCACCAGUUCACGGCAGCCGCGCUGGAGAAGCACCUGAGCUCCGCCGGCUACGGCGCCGCGCUCGCGCACCAGCACCAGCACCACCACCACGCGGCGGCCGGCGCGCCGGAGCGGCUCACGGCGAACCUGUCCGACCUCGUGAGCAACUGGUCCAUCGCGCCUCCCAACCCGUGCCUCGGCGACGCGCAGCAUCGUGCCGGCGCCGGCGCGGAAUGCGAUAACGCCGCCGUGGCCGGCUUGGGCCACGGCGGCGCCAAGGCCGGCUUGUUCCUGGACUCGGGCGGCCUCUGCAAGCACGAGAUGGGCGGCCACGGCGCGAUGCUGCAGGAAGCAGCGGGCGGCGCCGGCGGCCAGCAGGAGUUCCUCCGGCCCGCGGGGUACAGCUCCAUGCUCGGGCUCAGCAGCAGCAGGAUGUACGGCUCCGGCCCCGCCAUGGACGUGCCGUGGGGCAACAAUGCCGGAGCGGCGAGGAGCCUGUCGGACCUGAUAUCCUUCGGCGGAGCGCCGCUGGGAAAGCCGGAGCAGCCGGCGGCCUCAGCGCCGAAGGCGCAGGCGGAGUACAAGAAGCAAGGGCAGGAGAUCUCGUCGCCGGUAAGAUCGACGAUCGACGCGAAGACGAGUAGCGGCGGCGGCAGCAAGGGGAGCUCGGAGGGGAAGAAGAAGAGAUCAGAUGAGCAGCAGGGGUCUGAUGGGAACACCAAGAAGUCCAAGAAUGAGGCCUCCUCGCCCACGUCGUCUUCUGUCAAGGCAUCGCAGGUGCCGAAAGUGAAGUUAGGAGACAAGAUCACUGCACUGCAACAGAUCGUUUCACCAUUUGGAAAGACUGAUACGGCAUCAGUUCUGUACGAGGCGAUAAAUUACAUCAAGUGGCUGCAUGAACAAGUGCAGUUGCUGAGUGAUCCGUACAUGAAGACAAGUAGUAGCAAGGACUACAAUGCAUGGGGAGGGUUGGAUAGGAAGGAGAAGUCGGAAGCUGAGAUGGACCUGCGAAGUAGAGGCCUAUGCUUGGUACCUGUCUCAUGCACGCCCCAAGUGUACAGGGAGGAUAACAAUGGCCCGGACUACUGGACGCCCCCGUAUAGAAGCUGCUUAUACCGAUGAAUUGACUAGUAACUAUUGGUAUUCGAUUGGUUACCUUAAUAAUUUGUGGUGAAUAUACAUAUGUUAAAGGAGACAAAUCAUGAUUAGCUGCAUGAGUUAAUUUAAAUUAAAACCCUGAUGUUCUUAAUUAGAGGCUUCUGACAUUAAUCUCAUCAGCAUUAUUGGUAUUGAUGUAUUAAUUCUUUUGUACUCCAAGGAGAGAGAGAGAUGUUAUCACCUAUUCACCUUGGUAUGAUUCAGUUUUGGCUAAGCUAA